AUGACAGAAACGCAGAAUAAGAUCAUCUGCCCAGUUGUGGAUAUCGCCCCAGCUGGUGAUAUUAUUCUAGUAGUGGGGCCGGAACAGUUGAAGCUCCGCGUCCAGUCACUUUUCCUCAAGACAGCCUCGAAACUACGAUGUGCCAUCCUGGGAUCUAAUUGGAAGGAAGGCGACGAUACGCCGGUGGCAGCCUUUCCAGUGGAAAUACUACUACCCGAAGAGGAUGCGACUGCGCUGAGAUGUAUUUGUGCAAUCCUGCACCAUCAGCGUACUCUGGUACCUCAACUCACGACUGUACAUGACGUUCUCAGGGUCGCUCUCACCGCGAAAAAGUUUGGAGUUCUUGAGGCUUUGACUUAUGCCAAUGAAUUUUGGCUGUGUCCUCUCAACAAGGAAGCCAGUGAUCUUAUUGUUCUUGCAGCCGCUGCAAGUUUGUUCCAGAACGCAAAAGCAUUCAGGAAUAUCACCAAGGCUCUGGUUCUCAACUACGGUGGUUCUUAUCUAGCCCUUUCGAGCGAAGAUGCUGUGUCGGUUUUGGGCGAGAGAAUCUUUUGCUUGCUGGAAGAGCAAAGAGGCUUCGCGAGGCUUAAGUUAGGGGAGAUUCUAAUUGGAGGGAUUGAGGCUCUAGCUUGUGUCCAUAAAUGUGGAUGGACGAGCAAAUACGCAUAUGCCUAUAUGCAGCUACUCGAGGCACAGAGACUUUGGCCGACUGCCUUGGUUGUAAUUAACGAAGCAAUAGAGCGUGCAAAUACGAUGCCCGAUCCAGUUCCAAAGGAAUCUAGUGGUGCAUGCCGAUACGACUACAAGCAUGCUGUGCCUCAAUAUCGAGAUUCCCUCCACCGGCGUUUGGAUAAUUUGAAGAGUUGCAUUGGAAUCUGUCUACACUGUUUUCAUUCUAGCCCGGCUUCAUCCUUUUGCCAGAUGGCACAAGAACAUCAAAAUCUAUCCGGCCAAUAG